AUGAGUGUGGAAGAAGAUCACGCCUCCAAGCGCGCCCGCCCCAACGUCGGGUCGGCUCUCAAGCGCGGUACCCCUGGCCCAGACUAUGAGAAGGGUGUCAAGUACUGGGAGGACAUCGAGGCGACCGUCGACGGCGUUCUUGGUGGUUUCGGCAAUGGCCCGGUUCCCCACAUUGAGCAGCUUUCAUCGCGUUUGUUCCUUCUCGCGGUUCAGCCGCAACUCCACACCUUCGCCUCCCCUCUGACGCCCAACCCCACGGCCCGCCCUCCUUACCGCCUGACGGCCCUCGACGUGGGCGCCGGUAUCGGCCGCGUGACCAACACCGUCCUCCUGCCCCUGUUUGACGACGUCGUGGUUGCCGAGCCCGUCGAGCACUUUGUAGAGGAGGCUUACCGUGCCGCCGUUGUUGGCGAGUGGCGUGAGAUGCCCCGCCUGGUGGGCAAGAUCCGUGACGAGGCCGAGGCCAAGGAGAACGACCGCCGCGUGGCCGAGUUCAGGAAGGGCCGCGGCAAGCGUGUCUGGGCUGUGCGUGCUGGUCUCCAGCACCUUGACCCAUCUUUCCCCGUGCGCGGUGUCAACAAUUCCAGUGUCGGUGUUGUUGGCGAGGCGCGUGAUGGCACUGUCGACCACUUUGGCGAGGAGGAGCAAGAGAUGCACUUCGACGCCAUCUGGUGCCAGUGGUGCUUGGGCCACAUGACCCACGACGAGCUCGUGUCGUUCCUGCGCCGUGCGAAGGCCUCGCUCCGUCAAACGCCCGACAUGAGCGACGACGACUCGUCAGCGUACGGCCCUGCGGUUAUUAUCGCCAAGGAGAACGUCUGCGAGGACCAGCCCGAUGGCCGUGCCAACGAGUUCCUGGACGAGGAGGACUCGAGUCUGACCAGGUCCAAUGGCAAGUGGCUCGAGGUGUUUACUGAGGCCGGUCUCAAGGUUGUCAAGGAGGAGGUGCAGCAUGGUAUGCCCGACGAGCUCUUCACCGUCAAGACCUGGGCUCUCUGUUGA